GGUUGGAGUUGACCUGAUCUCCUUGGCUCUUUAAAACCCCAUUUUACAGCAGUUUCUAUUGCAGCAACACUUUUAUUCUUGUUAGUUUUGUGUGCCUCAUUGGCCACUUCUCCUAACACACCAAUUCAGUACAUUUUCCAGCAGGGAUCAAUGUGUGAUUGCAGGUUGGGAGCGUGACAGCUUGAGUGUACUGAUUGUUAAUUGCCAUUUUAUUGUGUCUUUCUGGAUACUUAAGCAUAACAGAUGCUACUCAAGGACAAACCGCAGCCAGGAGAGUGUCCUCCCCAGACAUCUGGAAGCUCAUGUACCGUGUCCUGUAACAGUGACUCUAACUGUCCCAACAAUGAGAAGUGCUGCAGCAAUGGAUGUGGACGUUACUGUACGGCUCCUUUUACAGUGAAGCCGGGUCAAUGUCCCAAACCGAAGAGAGUUCCAGAAUGUGCUGAAAGCUGUUUCCAUGAUGGCCAGUGUCCUGCCACACAGAAAUGUUGCCCAACCACCUGUGGCCAUGUUUGUAGUGAACCACAUGAUCGGGAAAGUGAUCAGGGAAGUGGGUAUGGACAGGGCAGAGGUCAGGGCAGUGGAUACGGACAGGGCAGUGGUCAGGGCAGUGGAUACGGACAGGGCAGUGGUUAUGGACAGGGCAGUGGUCAGGGCAGUGGCUACGGACAGGGCAGUGGUCAGGGAAGUGGCUACGGACAGGGCAGUGGUUAUGGACAGGGCAGUGGUCAGGGCAGUGGAUACGGACAGGGCAGUGGUCAGGGAAGUGGUUACGGACAGGGCAGAGGUCAGGGCAGUGGAUACGGACAGGGCAGUGGUUAUGGACAGGGCAGUGGUCAGGGCAGUGGAUACGGGGAGGGCAUGGCAGAGGGACAGGGCAGUGGUCAGGGCAGUGGCUACGGACAGGGCAGUGGUCAGGGAAGUGGUUACGGACAGGGCAGAGGUCAGGGCAGUGGAUACGGACAGGGCAGUGGUUAUGGACAGGUUAGUGGUCAGGGCAGUGGAUACGGAGAUGGGGGUGGUGAUAUCGGGAACAGUGGUCAGGGCAGUGGCUACGGACAGGGCAGUGGUCAGGGAAGUGGCUACGGACAGGGCAGUGGUCAGGGAAGUGGUUACGGUCAGGGAAGCGGCCAGGGUCAGGGAAGCGGUCAGGGCCAGGGAAGUGGUCAGGGCCAGGGCCAGGGAAGCGGUCAGGGCCAGGGCCAGGGAAGUGGCCGGGGCCAGGGUCAGGGAAGCGGUCAGGGCCAGGGAAGUGGUCAGGGUCAGGGCCAGGGCCAGGGAAGCGGCCAGGGCCAGGGAAGCAGCCAGGGCCAGGGCCAGGGAAGCGGCCAGGGUCAGGGACGCGUCCAGGGCCAGGGUCAGGGAAGCGGUCAGGGCCAGGGAAGGGAAAGAGGGAAGUGGCCAGGGUCAGGGAAGCGGCCAAGGCCAGGGAAGCGGUCAGGGCCAGGGAAGCGGUCGAGGACGUGUUAAUUGAAAUGGUCAUGGGUGUUGUGCAUAAUACUUACUGGAGAUCUUCAAUUCAGUGCUUUAUUCAUAUAGCUUUUUUUUUCCCUGUUCGCUUAAACCAUUUAGAGAUUUCCUGUAUACCCUCCCUCCC